AUGGAGGACGUUCAGCUAAAAUCCGGUAAGAUGCUUCUUAAACGCGCCUUUUCGGAUAUAAAAUCAAAUAAAGCGUGUGACAAUUUGGUUAAUCAAAAGACAGAUGAAAAAAUUAGUGUACUAAACCGUGAGAAAGGUCUUAAUGUCUCUCGCGAAAUCUUGCCUCAGCGACGCCGACCAAUCAUUGAACCCCGAUUCCUGGUGACAAUGUCUUCUAAAGUUGCAGAUGAAUUAUCUAGAAAAAGAAACACUUCCACCCGUGAUCUCAGGUCGCGUCUAGGUGCCCCGUCGAAACAGGAUGUUCGCUCACGCUUAGGCAAACGACGAAGGACAGCACUAAACGAGGAUCCACUAUUCGACAGUGAUUAUGUCGACCUUGAUCAUCACAAUGAAGAUUCUGACUUGGAUGUUAAUGGAGCGUUAACUGGUUUUUGGUAUGAUGAGUCUGGGGAACAGCUUCAAUUGGCUUCAGAGGAUUCUCAAACUGCCGACUCCAAUGUGCUUUAUGAAAAGCCCUAUUCAUCUAAACGAUUCCGGCGUGUGGUUGGAGUCACUGAGGAUGAUAUAAAGACAAUAGUUGUUGCUGCUGCUGCUACCGGAGCAAAGCGCAAACCAUUGGUUGUCAACUUAAAUGAGGAAGAUGACGAAGAGGAAAUAUACGAAAAUCAUAAGAUAAACGUAACCUCUUUAGAUACAGAGAAUGGGGCUGAUGCCAAUAAUUCUACCAGU